AUGCCGGUGUAUAGCAACCGCGCGCAGGUCGCGCUCUUAAAAGCCGUCAACCAUGUGUUUAGUCUCGACCGGAAAGCCGACUCUUUGGAAGAUCUAACGAACGGUAUUAUCUUGGCAAAUAUCUUGCACGAAUUAGAUGCUGAGUUCGAUCCAUCUCAUCUGGAAUCCAAUCCCGCCACGUCUCGAUACCUGACGAAUAAGCGCAACAUACAAGCCGUGUAUAAGGGCUUGUUUCGCUUUAUCCGGCGGCAAAUUCCAGAGCUAGGUUGUCAGGCUCAAAGAUUCGACUAUCAUGCUGUCGCUGAGAACCCUGAGCCGCAAGGGCUCAGCCAGCUCCUUGCUGUUAUGGUGUCUGCCGCAGCCAUGGGACCGGAUAACAAGAAAUACGUUCCUCUGAUUCAGACCAGCCUCGAUAAAGUCAAUCAGGCAGAAAUCAUGAACAUUAUCCGCGCAAUGCAAGUCGACGCAGCAAACGCUGGCGAUGAAGACAAGCUUCACGAAGAUAUGGAGGCAGUAAUGGAAGCCAGAGACAUGGAUCUUGUGGUUGAAGAACAAAAUGCGGCCUUGCGACAGCAGCUUGACAUCAAUAAGAAGGCUCUCUCCGACUAUAUUACCCGUCUCGAACAUUUGCAGCAGAGCCACGAAGAACUCAAAUACGAGAAGGAACGGAACGAUCGAGAGCUCGAAGUGCUACGGAAAGCCACGAAAGAUGGUGCCAACAAUGCCGAGGCCAUUCGUCUUUUGGAGGAUCAGGUGCAUGAACAAAUGGAAAUAAUCGCGAAGAACGAAGAAAGCAUUCGUAAUCAUGAAAGGGCGCGAGCACAGUUCGAGACCGAAGUUCAGAAGCUCACCCAAAGGAGUCAGCAUGCAGACGAACUGCGAGACCAAGCUACAGAAUGGCGGCAUAAAGCUGAAGAACUUGAAAAAAAAGCCAACGCUGCUGAACGCUACAAACAAAAGCUCGAAUCACAACAGCAUCUUGUGAAAGAAGUACAAAACCUUCAGUACGAACGAGCAGAAUUGCAGGAGCAGCUCCGGUCGCUGAUGGACGAGCGUGAAAAAGGAGACAGAACGAGAAAAGCGGAAGACGAACUGACGCGAAUGUUGACACAAUCUGAACAGCAUCUAUGGGAUGAGCGCAGCCAGAAAACUCAGCUUUUGAAGGACAUGCAAACGCUUGAGGAUGAACUGCUGCGACUCAAGGCGCAGCGUAGCCACGAUGAACAUUUUAUCCAAGAGCUACAGGACCAAGUGCAGCACGGAGGUGGGGCUUCGCAAGCGGAAACUUUAGCUCUCCCAGCUUCCUCCAGUCUACAGGACGAGUUGAACAGUGCAUCAAGCGAUGAUGGGCAGAAAAACAUCCCCCUUGAAUUGUCAAGGUUCAAAGCGGAGAAUGACUUGCUACGGAGAACCAUCGGAUCUGCUGGAGACGCCGCUACGUUACGAAAGGAAGCAGAUGACGAAAAGAAGCAACGCGAAAGACUUCAGCAGAGCUUGAACGAAUUGUUCGAAAAGCAUACGAUAGUUCAACAUCAAAUAGAAGCUCUCAUGCAGAGUUCUACCGGAGAAAGCUCUAAGGCGUUCAUUGAAUUGCGUUCUGAACAUACGCGAACCCAAAAUGAGCUUCAGCAAUUGAAAAAGCGUACUGCUGAUCUGCAGGUCAAACUUGCAGACAAGGACCGAGACCUGAUGGGGGCGAAGACGGAACUUUCUGCCGUUCAGAAAGAUGGUAUUUCCGCGCUAGACCAGCUCAAGAGCACAGAUAAGCUCAUAUCUGAGUCUUUGAAGGCUGAACUCGAUCGUCUGCGGGAGGAACUUGCUUUCGUCAGCAACGAACGCGAAUCUCAGAAGACCCAGCUGAUCGACGCUUUGCUCGCGAAAGACAAAUUCCGGAAGGAUGCUGAGGAGGCAAAGGAGCUUCAAGAGACAGCUGCUCUCAGUACUGCAAACCAAGACUCUUCGGGAGCAGCCAAGAAAGCAGCAGAGAAGAUUGAGAAGUUGCGGAAUCGUCUCAUUGAAAGGAAACAGCAACUCGAACAAGCCGAGCAAGAUAAAAUCGAUCUGCAAAGAGAAUUAAAGGUUUUGCAGGGAGGCGAGCUUGCCACAGCUCAAAAGGCUGCCACGGAGAAAAUGAUCAAGAAUUUGCAGCGCGAGAAUGUACUCAUUGCUACGGCAUGGUACGAUCUUACCAGUCGUCUGCAGAGUAAUCACGUCGUACUUCAACGCCGGCACGAUGCGCCCAAGAGCUGGUUGAACAAGCAGAGGCAGAUGGUCCAUGGUCAGUUGCGCCAACGCGACAUGCUCUACCUCUACUGA